AUUGACUAAUUUAGAUAAAUGUCAAUCUCUUAUAAUUCUUACGAUAAUUAACAAAUACUUCACCAUGUGUUGUGACGAUAGAUUAAUAAAAUGGAAGUGUUGUGGUUUAUUAUUCCAUUAUUAUUUAUAAAACACGUGAUCGGUAAUUCGUCAUUGAAACAAGUACAUAUUGCGUUUAGACAUGGUGAAAGGGCACCUUCUUCUACAUUUACGAAUGAUCCAUACAUCAAUUAUUCUUGGCCAAAUGGAUGGGGGGAACUGACUAAUAGGGGUAAACUGCAGUUAUAUUUGUUAGGGGAAAAUAUAAGACGUGAAUAUGAGGAAUUUAUUCCCAAACUGUACUGGUACAAAGAUGUAAAUAUCACUAGUAGCUAUUACGUUAGAUGUCAAAUGAGUGGGCAGUUAUUUACUGCUGGAUUGUAUCCACCAGUUGGUGAUCUAAUUUGGAACCCGGAUUUAUUAUGGCAACCUAUACCUUUAAUUUACCUACCUAGAUCAAGGGAUACAAAUAUAGUUAUGAAAGCACCCUGUGCUAAAUACGAUAAAAUACUCAAAGAGAUACGACAAACACCAGGUAUUGUGGAAAUAGAAAAUAAAUAUCAAAAUUUAAAAGAUUAUUUAACGAAACAUACCGGCCAGAAUAUCACGAAUAUUGAAGACAUUGAAUCUGUUUAUAAUACAUUAGAAAUUGAACAGUUGCAUAACUUCACAUUACCAAAUUGGCUUAAUAAUUCCAUGAUGGCUACUAUGAAAAAAUUAGGAGCUAGAAAUUUAGCUCUUUAUUCUGAAACCCAGUUUAUGAAGAAAGUAAAAGGAGGAAUGUUCUUAAACAAUGCUAUUAAGUGUAUGGAAAAUCGUUUGAAAGGAAGUGAUGAAACUUUGUUAUACCUAUACUCAGUUCAUGAUCUAACAUUAGUUCAUAUUUUAAGAAGUCUCGAGCUUGUAGAUAGCAUUAAACCUGAUUUUGGGGCGACCCUUGUAUUUGAAUUAUACGAAAAUGGAGAAAUAAAGGUUAAAUACAGAAAUUUUUGGAGUGAUAAACCAACGAUAUGGGCCAUACCGAACUGUGAUUCUCCAUGUAUCCUAAAUGAUUUUAAAAAUUCUCUAAUGAAUGUUCUAUGUUUUGACUAUAUCAAAGAAUGUGAAUUAAAUAGUUAAUAUAGUCCAUUGUAUUUUA